AUGCGUCGGGGAGCGCACAGAGGGCGCACCGGUGUCAGUCAGUUGUGCUCCAGCCCCUCGUAACGGUCGGGUCGCUGCUGGGUUUUUGCGCGCAAGCGGCGUCUUGAGAAGCAGCAGGAAUUUUUUUCUUUUUUGGACAGGAGGGGGGUGGAGUGGAAAUUCCGCUGUUACUUUCACGGCUCGCCUCGUAUUUCUGACAUUUCUGCUGUGGCGGUCAGACAGCCGCUGCGAUCGGAGAGAGACAGACAGAGACAGAGAGGGAGAGAGAGACGGACUGAAAUAAGGAGUAAAGAUCUGGAGAGCAGCGCACAGAACGCCGGUUAACAACCGAUUUCUCUCCGUUUUUAAAUCCUCCACUUGGGAAGUACGUCCACCUCUCCUCUCCCGUUUGGUGCCAGAAGUGAGAGGUUUGAUCAAGAAUCGAGGGGAGCGCACAGCUUUUUCUUUUCGAACGGAUAUUUUCUCUCAUUUUCCUGCGUUUGGAUUAUUUUCUUCUUCCAAGGAGAUGGCAAGUUGCUCCCUGACAGACGCGGGGAUCUGCUGCUGCUGCUGCUGCUGAAGCUCGCAGGGAUGCUGGGGACCCGACAACAAGCAGAUCUCUUACUUUGAGAGAAUUUACGCAUCAUUUCUUUUUUGGAACCUAACACACCCGAGGACGUUUUUUUUUCCUCCUUCUUCCCGUUUUUCUUUUCCAGAAUGUCUCUCAGUCUAAGGAUGCGUAGUGGAUUGCUAUUGUUCCUUUUCGCCCAAGUCAUCUUGGUUUCCUCGUUGACUCAGACCGAUAAAUGCGGGGGGAAUAUAGAGAUACACACCGCGGACUACCUGACCUCCCCGGGCUAUCCUGGAGCCUACCCGCCCUCCCAGCAGUGCGUGUGGGUCAUAACAGCACCUGAGCCCGGUCAGAAGAUCCUCAUCAACUUCAAUCCGCAUUUUGAUCUGGAGGACAGAGACUGCAAGUACGACUACGUGGAGGUGUACAAUGGUGGGGACGAGCAGUCGCCCAUGUUGGGAAAGUUCUGCGGGAAGAUCGCGCCGUCUCCGAUCAUCUCAAGCGGCAGCCAGCUCCUCAUCAAGUUUGUCUCUGACUACGAGACGCACGGGGCGGGAUUCUCCGUUCGCUACGAGGUCUUCAAGACAGGUCCAGAAUGUUCCAGGAACUUUACGGCUCCCAGAGGCGUCGUCAAGACGCCGGGUUUCCCGGAGAAGUACCCCAACAACCUGGACUGCACCUUUAUGAUCUUCGCCCCCAAGAUGUCCGAGAUUGUGGUGGAGUUUGACAGCUUCGACAUGGAGCCUGACACCACGCCGCCGCCGGGCGCGCUCUGCCGAUACGACUGGCUGGAGAUCUGGGACGGCUUCCCUGCAGUUGGUCCCCACAUUGGCCGGUACUGUGGCCAGACGUCCCCGGGCCGUGUGAUCUCCUACACCGGCAUCCUGUCCAUGACCAUCACCACUGAUAACGCCAUCGCCAGAGAGGGAUUCUCCGCCAACUACACCAUCCGUGAGAGGAGCCUUCCCCCGGGCCACGAAGAUGAGGCUUUCACCUGUAUGGAGCCGCUGGGCAUGGAGUCUGGGGAAAUCUCCUCGGAGCAGAUCACCGCCUCCUCUCAGUAUAACUCCAACUGGUCCCCCGAACGCUCACGUCUCAACUACCAGGAGAACGGCUGGACGCCCUCGGACGACACCAUCAGGGAGUGGAUACAGGUGGAUCUGGGUUUUCUACGAUUCGUCACCGCCAUCGGGACGCAGGGUGCCAUCUCGAAAGAGACCAAGAAGCGUUACUUUGUCCGCUCGUACAAAAUCGACGUGAGCUCCACCGGAGAGGACUGGGUCACCGUGAAGGAGGGAUCAAAGCCGAAGAUCUUUCAGGGGAACCACAACCCGACGGACGAGGUUCACGCCUUCCUGCCCAAACAGACUCUGGCUCGUUACGUCCGCAUCCGUCCUCUUUCCUGGGAGCAAGGCAUCUGCAUGCGCUUUGAGAUCUACGGCUGCAGAACAUCAGAUUACCCAUGUUCAGGGAUGUUGGGGAUGGUGUCGGGUCAGAUCUCAGACGCUCAGAUCAGCGCCUCGUCGUACGCCGACCGCGGCUGGGUGGCUGAAAACUCACGCUUGUUGACGGGGAGGUCGGGCUGGACCGGGCAGCAAACCAAACAGCCCUUCAGGAACGAGUGGCUACAGGUGGAUCUGGGCCAGGACAAGAUGGUGAGCGGCGUGGUGAUCCAGGGAGGGAAACACCGCGACAGGAACGUCUUCAUGAAGAGGUUUAAGGUGGGACACAGCCUGGACGGAGAGGUCUGGACCAUUAUCAAGGACAACGCCACCAAGCCCAAGAUAUUCAUCGGGAAUCAGAACCACGACACCCCAGAGUUGAGAUCGACGGGUCCCCUGCUGACCCGCUUCAUCAGGAUCUACCCAGAGAGAGCCACCAACGAGGGCCUGGGCCUCCGCCUGGAGCUGCUGGGCUGCGAGCUGGACGACAUUACAACUACAGCACCUCCCACCACGCCCAUCGCCUCCACGCUUCCCAUGACCACGUUCGGAGCGACCACCACAGCGCCGAUCACCAUCCCCAGCACGACCCCGGGUUCGGACUGCGAGGAAGGACACCCGGACUGCUUCGGCGAGACCGAGGCACCCGAUGACUACGAAGCAGUGACGGCAGGAGGCGCCACAGCGGUCGACCCCAUCAUAGACUUCAUACCAGCGUACGUGUGGUUCGCCUGCAACUUUGACUUCUCGUCGUUCUGCGGUUGGUCCAGAGAGACCGGGACCGGCGCCGCGUGGCUCAUCCAGACCAACGGAGCACCUUCCGUCCACAGAGGGCUGAACCUCGACCACACAGGCAGACCCGGGAACUUCAUCUACAUGCAGCUGACCGACACGGACGUGCCAAGUAAAACCGGAGAGGAUGAUGUUGAAGAGAAGAAGGCGGCGAGGUUGGUCAGCCCACCCAUCACGGCGCCGGAGGCCGACCUUUGCAUGUCCUUCUGGUAUCACAUGUACAGCGAGCACCCGGGGGCGCUUCACAUCAAGCAGAGGAAGGAGGCGGAGGUGGAGGUGGAGCAGACGAUGUGGACGGUCAGCGGUCAGCAGGGCAAGCAGUGGAGGGAGGGACGAGUCUUACUGCCACACUCGAGCGGAUCAUAUCAGGUGAUCGUUGAGGCCGUCGCAGACAGACACAGUCCAGGUCACAUAGCCGUGGACAACAUCCAGAUCAUAGAUGGACUCCAUGCUGGGGACUGCAAAGAUCCAGAAGUUCCGACGUCUCCGCCAACUGAGAUCUUCAUCCUACCGAUGGACUCCCUCCCACAGAGCAACGGCGACCUCGGCGGCCCCGGCAACAUGCUGAAGACCCUCGACCCCAUCCUCAUCACCAUCAUCGCCAUGUCCGCGCUGGGCGUCUUCCUGGGCGCCAUCUGCGGCGUCGUCCUCUACUGCGCCUGCUCGCAGGGCAGCAUGACGGACAGGAACUUAUCCGCCCUGGAGAACUAUAACUUUGAGCUGGUGGACGGCGUCAAGCUAAAGAAGGACAAGAUGAACGGACAGACUAACUACUCAGAGGCGUGAGCGGCCAAAAAAAAAGGUGGGAGACGGAGCCGCGUUCGCUCCGCACGGACACGUGAUGCAGCCAAUCAAGCGGGGAAGAAAACAAGGGGCUGAAGCCACCGAUGGGACGGCAGGGUGGGCUGAAAGUGAGCCAAUGUCAUUUUUUUUUCUCAGGAGCGGCAGUGGAAGGGACUGACCUGCAGGGGGCACUGUGUAUAAAGAAUCUGUACAGCAAAAAAAAAAAAAAAAAGAAAGAAAACUAAGGAUUCUAUUUGUUUUUCGGCGUGCUUUGUUGAUUUCAUGUAAUCACAUGCUGGUGUUGAGACCAAUUCAGAUGAAAGUAUCGUUUGUGUACUAUUAUGGAAAGAUAAGAUUUGAUUUUUAUUUGUUUUUAUUUCUUGUCUGAUUUUUAUUUUUAUUUUUCAGUCACAGAAAGAGCGGAGUGUGUGAAAACUCUGAUAUGUGGCCGAUUAGCUGGCCACACAUCCCUGUGAGUGUGUGUGAGACAAUGUGUGUGUGUGUUACAUUCAUAUACAUCUGCAUUUAAGGUGUGAAUGUUACACUCAUGUUUAUCUGUGUACAUGAAGUGUGUGUGUGUGUGUGUGAAGGUGGGUACCAUCGUGACCUGUGUCUAGUUCCGACAGUGCCUUUUUCUUUUUUUUUCCUCCAGUGUUUCUGUUGCCUUGUUUUCUCAUCGACUGGCGUUACAUCAGGGUUCCUACGCAAACAUUUGGAAAACCAGAUUCUGGUUUUUACAUGAUCUGACGAUCUUCUUACCUCCCUGAGAAGAUCAACGUCGUAGGAGCCCUUGAACGCCUCGUUUUUUUUCACGGCACAUGACACAUCCGACAUAUUGUACAUAGGUUUUAAUAUAUUUGAGCGCCCUUUUUUUCUAUAGAAGAAGACACCAGUGCCGCAGUAUCCUUUCUGUGUUUGAACCACCCCCAACAACGAAAUUCAUAAAAAAUGUACAGAACAUUUCAACAAACUUGUUUCUGUGAUCUGGUCCUCGCCAAUUUGUCAAGUUUGUUUGUAUUUUUUUGUUUGUUUCUUGUUCCGGGAACGGGCGAAAUGGAUUUUUUGAGAUUACGGAGAGAUGAUGCCUCAUGGGAAGUGAUGUUUUUUUGUUGUACAGGGUAAAAACGGACAACCUCAGUAAAGAUGGCGACAGCACGUUCAAAGGAAGGAUCAUCGGGACUGAAGCGUUUUAUAUGACUGCUAACUUUUCUCACCGCCGCACGCGAUGACUGUAAGAAGCUGAAAGUGUGUCGAGCAAGUCCUGUCCGAAAGACUUUCAUCGAGCUGACGUGGACUGAAAAAAACAAAAACAAGAUUUAAUGUUUGCCAUGACAAUGCUGUGCUCUGUGUCUGUGUUCUUUUUCUUUUUCCUGUGUUGACUAUCAGAGGAGAAAUCUUUGAAGGAUCUUUAACGGAGAAAAAUGAUGUUUAACAACCACAACAGGUGACUAAUAACUGAUCACGCUGUCCAGUCCUUGUCCAUUUCCCUUCAGCUAAAGUGACACAAGAUGAGUUUACAGGCUAACAAGAGCGGAGAGAAUCGUGUCAUCAGCGAAAAGACUGAUUUUCUUUUUUCACGUUUUGUCCUGUGAGGUCCUGCAGCAGCUCGAUUUGCAUUUUUACUCAUCACUAAGCAUUGAUUUAGCCUAAAUGCUGAUCUGCGUAGAUCGGCGCCCUGAACAUCAGAUCCUGGAUCAGUUCCACCAGUUUUUUUAAUAAAUCUGCUUGAUUGUUUUUUAAGUGGAAAAAUUUGGGUUUAAAAACUUGCAAACUUCUGAAUAUUGUGCUAAUGAUUCUGCUUUGUUGUGUUUUUUAAGCUUCUGUAGCUAAAUGUGUUGUGAUACUGGUCACUUGUUCAUAGCACUGUAUAGGUGGAUAAAGGAGGGUUGAGCGAUGAGAAGCCAGACAGAAACAACCUUUGUUGAAGCUGAUGGUCGGCGGCUCCUGUUGCACUGUGGAAGUUAAAUCUGCCCGUCUUUCUUUUAAAUGUAGCACUACGUGAGCUCAAAAUGUGAAGUCAGUGGUCGACAUAGCAUCAGUUCGAAAUGAAAUCCAACUCCUCGAUCAGGUCGCAGUCUGGAGACGUUAACGAGAUGUUCACUAUUAGCUCUUGAUGAAUCACACUGGUUGUUUUUCCUCAGCAAAAAAAAAAAAAUCAACUCCACGUGAAGCAGAGCGGGAUGUUUCGAAAGUUUCAGACGUCGAUGAAGCUCCCACCCUACCCCCCUGUUUUUUUUUUUUUAGACAAGAAAGGAUGCUGCAGCACAAGAUGUGAAAACAAAUGUUGCACUGAUAUAUUUAAAAUGAAAAAAAAUCUGUGUUUAUGAUGUUGAUUUAUGAAAAGACAGAGAGGAAGAGAGGCGAGGAAGGAGAGGACAGUGUUAUUGUUGCUUCUUUUUUUUUUUUAAACAUGGUUUCAGAUGUCGGUGUUAUAAUUCUGAAAAUUUUCAGACGUUUUCGUUCUCGAAAAAGCUUCUAUGCGUCUCUUUGAAACGUAACAAGUUUUAUUUACUUGGUAUAAUAUCACCUUGUGUUUUUCUCACUGAUGUACGUGCCAUUGUUUUUUUUGUUUUUUAUGUUCAGUACUGCUUCUGUAAUUUUUUGCUGUCUCAGAUCCAGAAAAAAAAAGAAAAAAGAAAAAAACAAAACAAGAAAGGAAAUAAGGAAGUUUAAAAAAACAAAACAAAUGGAAAAGCAGUGAGGCCUUACGUGACUAAAAGUAUUGUUUGUACUUUGACUUUCUGGUCAGCGCCCAGACUCAUCUCGUCUCUGUUGUCUCAGACUCUGAUCAUUGACUAUUACAUUCCAAAGAAUUGGAUCAAAUAAAUGUUUUAAGUAAAA